CUAAAGGCAAGGGCUUCACUUGCCUUACCUAGAGCCGCCCUUGUCUUUUUUGCAAUCUAGUCGCAGUCAUGCUCGCUGCUAGACUUUUCGGGAGGACAUUCUUGGCGGCGGCAAAAUCAGAGAGUUCAGUCGCUGCAGCUACUGCUUCUUCUGCUACUUCUAGAACCCUUAAUCCACUCGAGCAGUUCUUUGAAGUUGAUAGAACCCCAGAGGACGAUAAGCCUGUUGUCUAUGGUCGAGGUUGGAAGGCUUCUGAACUGCGUCUGAAGUCUUGGGAUGAUCUUCAGAAGCUAUGGUAUGUUCUUAUGAAGGAGAAGAACAUGUUGAUGACUCAACGCCAGAUGCUUAAUGCUCAGAACCUGCGAUUUCCUAAUCCAGAGCGUAUUUCCAAGGUAAGGAAGUCGAUGUGCCGAAUCAAGCAUGUGCUUACUGAGAGAGCAAUUGAUGAAGCAGAUCCAAGGAGGUCCACUGAGAUGAAGAGGAUGAUAAAUGCUCUAUAAUUUCCAUACUCAUUGGUAAUAGUGUUGAUGUGCCUUUAUAACGGGUAUUUGGACCUCCUCUCUUCUAUUAGCGCCAAAUGUAGGAAAGUCAUUAGUUUGUGUUUAGUUCAGGAACAGACAUAUUUCAGCCGGUAGACCGGACAUCGAUGAUGUCAAACUCUGUGAACUAGUUCACUAGGAUGUGAUGAAGAUGGCAAUUUUGUUUAAAAGAUUUGAAGUGCUGCAUGUGCUGGUCAGUUGAUACAUGCUUGUGGAUUACUGCGACUCUAGUUUGGUAAGGUACAAGUGAAAAAGUUAUUGCUGUAAUAAAAGGGUGUGCAAGACCACUCUGGCUGAUAUUUACUUCAUUCAAUAGCACAUCCCACGUUGCUGCGAA